AUGAAUGAUUCAACACAAAUUUUAGAUGAAAGUGGGGAUUUUUCAUUUUUAAGUUUAAAUGAAAAUAAAAGUAGAAGUAGAAGUACUUCAACUUGUAGUAUAAAUAGUGUUGAGAUAAUAGAUGGUGGCAGUUGUGAUAGUAGUGGUGAUGAUGAUAAAAACAAUAGUUACUUAGAUGAGGAAAAGAAAAGAAUUUUAAGAAAAACUUAUUUAUAUUUUAAUGCUAACAAUAAAAAAACUCAAUUAAAUUUUAUUAUAGAUAACCAAGUUUUAGAUUGGAUUUUCAAUCAAACAAAAACAAAAAUAUCAAAACCAAUUUGUGAAUCUUUAAAAAAUGGUGUUGCUCUUUGCAAAAUAAUAAAUUUAAUUAAACCAAAUACAAUUAAAAAGAUAAAUUUAAAUUCAUCAAUAUUUUCUUAUAGAGAGAAUUUAACAAAUUUCACUAAAGGAUGUGAGUCGAUUGGUAUGACAGAGGAUAUGUCUAGAUUUCAAGAGUUGGUAUUUGAAGAUAAAGAGAGUGCGGUUCUUCAACUUUUAUAUUCUUUAAUGAAAUUUAGUGAGAAAAUAUUACCAAAUACAAUAUCAACAUCACCACCUUCACAAUUAAAUAUUUGUAAAUCACCAGUUUUAUUAAAAAAAGCAGCAGCUCAAUCAUCAUCAUCAUCACCAACUACCUCAACUUCAGCAUCGACAUCAACCUCAACAUCUCCAUCAUCAUCGAAUGAAUCAAUAGCAAAACCAAUUUUAUCAGCAUUAUCAUCAUCAUCUUCGACAUUAUUUUCAGCAGCUCCAACCCCAACAUCUACAAAUACUGUACCAUAUAAAUUUAUAGGCCAUAGUAAAUCAAAACUAUUUGGUCAACAACAACAACAACAACAACAACAACAACAACAACAACAACAACAACAACAACAACAACAACAACAACAACAACAACAACAACAACAACAACAACAACAACAACAACAACAACAACAGCAACAACCACCACCACAAACAUCAACUUGUACAACAACACAACCAACAACAACAACAACAGAAGAACAUAAAUUAGCACCACCACCACCAUUAAUAGUACCAAAUACAUCAUCAUUACCACCACCACAACCAACCACAUCAUCAAUAAUUAAGAAAGCUGCACCAGCUCCAUUGAAAAAACCAUCACCAGCAAAUACAUCAUCAAAUUCGUUAUUAAAUCAUUUACCUCCACCACCAUCAUCAUCAUCAACAGCAUCAUCAGCAAUAAAUACACCAAUAUCAACACCAUCAACAUCAAAAUCAAAUAGUUUUCAAAAACCAAAUAAUAAUUUUCAAAAACCAAUACAAAUUGCACAUGUCGAACCAAUCAUUGAAGAGAAUGAAAUAGAAGAUAAUACCAAUAAUAAUAAUAAUAAUAAUAAUAAUAAUAAUAAUAAUAAUAAUAAUAAUAAUAAUAAUAAUAAUAAUAAUAAUAAUAAUAAUAAUAAUAAUAAUACCAAUGAUAAUAUUAAUAAUAAUAAUAAAAAUAAUAAUAAUAAUCAAAAUGAAAAUGAAGAUGAAGUUAAACCUGUACAUUCACCACCAAAAGUUAGACCACCAUUACCAUCAAGAGUUGGUAGGGGUCAAUUAUUAAGAUCAUCCUCAGAAGAGAUUCAAUUUGAUAUUGAAAAUGCAAGUGUUUCAGAGGCACCAUCGCCUGUUAUGACAAUGAAUGAGGACUAUUCAAUUGUCACAGACGCUAACUCACUUACAAAUCAUUACAAUGGUGCAAAUGAAUAUACAACAACAACAACAGCAGCAACGACUAAUUUACCAAAUGAAUCAUCUUCAAGAAGUAAUAGUGCAAGUAGUAAUGGAGAUCAAAAUAAUAAUAAUAAUAAUAAUAAUAAUAAUAAUAAUAAUAAUAAUAAUAAUAAUAAUAAUAAUAAUAAUAAUAAUAAUAAUAAUAAUAAUAAUAAUCUACAACUACCUGCAAAGAUUAAUAGUGAACCCAAUAAUCAAUAUAAUACUAUUUCAACAUCAUCACCAUCCACAACUGGUACAAUUUUAGAAUCACCAAAUGGAAGUUCAAUAUUUUCGCAACCAUUAAACAAUAACAAUAAUAUUAAUAAUGAAAAUAAUAAUAGUAAUAAUAGUAAUAGUUUAGUUACAUCAUCAUCACCACCACUAUCAUUACCAGCAUAUAGUGCAAAUGGUUCACCAAAUUGUCCACAAGGAAAGAAACAAAGAUCAGGUACAAAACUAAGGAGUUUCUUUGGUGUUAAAUCAAAACCAGAAUCAAAAAGUGUUUCUAAUUUCUAUGGAGUUGGUAAUAGUAUAAACCAACCACCAUCCAAUUCAUCACCAAAACAAUCACCUGUACCAAAUAACCCACCAUCAGUAUCACAAUCAUUUUUAAAUCUAUCAAUGAAUAGUAAAUCAAGUAAAAAGAAAAAAGAUAAUAUAUCACCUGAUAUAAAUUCAAAUUCAAAUAAUAAUAACAAUAAUAAUAAUAAUAAUAAUAAUAAUAAUAAUAAUAAUAAUAAUAAUAAUAAUAAUAAUAAUAAUAAUAAUAAUAAUAAUAAUAAUAAUAAUAAUAAUUUAGAAGAGGAUGAAAAUCCUUUAACAAUGUCAAAUCAAUCAGCUAAUUCAUUAAAAUCAAGUGGUAAUCAUUUUGAAGAUGAUAUCACCAAUGGAAAUAAUAAUAUUAGUCAAAAUCAAAAUCAAAAUCAAAAUCAAAACCAAAACCAAACCCAAAAUCAAAAUCAAAAUCAAAAUCAAAAUCAUAUUAGUCAUAGUAAUAGUAUUAGUAGUGGUAAUUUAAAUAAUCAUGUAAAUCAAAAUAAUAAUGUAAAUGAAGAAUCAGUAGAUAGUGAAUUAAUGAAAGCAUUAUCAAAAGUGGAAUUUUUAUUUAAGGAUCGUAAAGUUUUAAAAGAAAGAAUUAAUUUUACGUAUCCAGAGAAAUAUUUAAAAUUUUUUGUAAAUAUGGAUGAAUUAAUUCAAAUUGAUAAUAGUACAACCUUUUUAACAGAGUCAUUGUUAUCAAAGAGACCAAGUCAACAAUUGGAAUUAUGUCAUCAAGAAGAACGUAGAUUUUUAAGUGAAAUUGUAACACUUCAAAAUGUUUUAAACGUUGUUGAAGAGAAUAAAAAUUUAAUAACACGUACUGAAGAGAUGCAAAAAAUGAUUGAUUCUCUAAUGAAAGAGAAGAAAGAAUUAAUUAAUGAAAAGAAUACAUUGGCAUCAAUGUUGGCAAAAACUAAACAACAGCAACAACAACAAUCAAAUGAUACAGUAUCUCAACGUAAAAUGGUUGAUGAUGGUAUAGUGUACAACUAUAAUCAUGGAAAAUACGAAAUUAAAGGUGGUACAACAGAGAAAUUAAUCGAGCUAUUAUACAAUUCAGAAUUUAUUGGUUCAGAUUAUUUUGAAACUUUCCUUUUAACCUAUCGUUCAUUUGCAUCACCAAAGAGAGUUAUGGAUGUUUUAACCAAAACUUACAAUGAGAAUUACAGUGUCGAAGGUAAUGCAACUGAUGAUGUUGAAAAACGAUUGGAACUUGAUCAAUUCAAUAAACAAAGAAAGGAUACUCAUUUGAAGAUUUGCAACUUUUUAAAACGUUGGGUUGAAAAACAUUUCUAUGAUUUCGAUCAAGAUCUACUUCAAGAGUUUAAUACCUUUAUUGCAAAUUGUCGUGUUAUAAACCAUCAAGAUUUCCUUCAAAAGACAUUGAAUAAAAAGUUGAUUCCAUUGAGUUCUUCAGAGUUAAAACUAGUUUUUAGCACACCAACACCGGCACCAAUCUUACCAAAAACUCCAAUCACUUGUUUUGAAGAUAUGGAUCCAGCAGAGAUUGCACGUCAAUUGACUUUGAUUGAAUUUAAUCUCUUCAAGAAUAUCGCCAACAAGGAAUUCCUCUCUCUAUCAUGGCAAAAACAAGAUAAAGAAAAGAGAUCUCCAAAUCUUUUAAAGAUGAUCUAUAGAUUCAAUGAAGUUAGUAAUUGGGUAACCUCUACCAUCGUAAAGGAAACUACAAACAUAAAGAAACGUGCUUCCUACCUUAAAAGAUUCAUUAAAUUGGCUGAAGAACUCCGUAAACUAAAUAAUUUCAAUGGUGUUUUCGUAAUUGUAUCGGGUCUUCAUUCUGCUUCUGUAAAUAGAUUAAAAAAUACUUGGGCUGAAAUUUCAAAACAACAACAAAAACAAUUUGAAGAGUUUGUCGCUUUAACCUCUCCACAAAGUAGUUUUGCCUCCUAUCGUUUAGAACUUAGACAGUCAACUGGUGCCUCUAUUCCUUAUUUAGGCGUUCAUCUCUCUGAUUUAACCUUUGUCGAAGAAGGUAAUCAAGAUAAAUUGGAAAAUGGUUACACAAACUUUUCAAAAUGUCGUCUCAUUGCUGAACAAAUUAAAGCAAUCCAAGAAUUCCAACAAGAACCUUAUAAUUUAAGAGAAGUUGAAGAAAUGAUUCCUUUCAUCACUCAUAAAGCUGUUCCUGAAUCUGAAUGUUUCAAUUUAUCUUUAAUUUGUGAACCAAGAGAAUCUGUCAAUUAA